CUUCAUAGCUAUCCUUGUUGUGUUGCAACUUUUAUUCAUUGCUGGGUUGAUGAAUGCAUAUGCAUUAGUACUUCAAAUCGGAGUAAUAUUUCUAUUCUGCUUUUUUUUUUCCUUUCUAGUUAGGAUGAUGAAUGCAUAUGUACUAUUAUUAUUUUUUUUUCCCCCUAACUGGGAUCUUUUACUGCCUUUUCAAUGUCUUUCCUUCCUGCUCAGUACCUUUUCACAUAUUUUUCUGGGUAUGCAGUGGCACUGCUCUGGUUGCAAAGCCUUGCGCAAACAUAAGGGCCUGUGCAUACAAAGCACAGAAGAAUGAAGAAUGUAAGUUGCUUGUAAGCUUCUUCAUUUUAUCACUAAACAACUUCAAAUGAACUCUUACUGGAUAACUGAAAUGAACCGUUUAUUCAUUGCUAGGCCCUGACACUGCAGAUCUUUAUACACAUUCCUAAUGUUACCGAUGUGAGUAGUCAUGUUCAUAGAAUCCUUGUCUUCAGCACAGUCACACUUGCAUUUAAAUAUACAUAAAGAUCACUUCAGCAGUGAAGUUCUAUUUGCAGAAACUUAGGUAGCUAAUCUGAUCAGAAGACCCAGUAUGUCUGCUUGCACUGCUGUCUGCAGUGAGCUUUCUGAUUAAUACAUCUUUAACCCAACUUGGGAAACUGACAGAAUUUACAGUUAAGUGCAACGUGUUUGCUCUGUCUAGUGAGUGAUGUUGGUACAGACAGCAGAGCAGCAAAAUUUAAGGAAAAUAUCCCCAGAAAUAAUAGACUUGGUAUUCUUUUUGUCUACUAUCUUCCCUGGUUUGUUUUUUUUUUUUCUGCCUCUGAGUAUGUCAUCAAGAUUGUCUUUAAACUAUACAGGCUACAUUCUUAAAAACAGACAGUUGGGAUCCUUGACUAAUCAGACUUGGAACUUUGAGGAAUUAACUGAAGACUAAAACAAAACAUCAGAAGUUGGCUACAAUCCUUCCCAAUGAUACAAAACUGCUAAGGGUAACAGAAUUUAUGCAGUCCUUUUCAUUAUAUUUUUCGUAGAUUCUGAGCAAAGAUAUUGAUUACAGCUUCAUAUCACAGUUCUCUUUCCAUCAUAAAGCUGGAAGGUCUUCUUCUUGCCAUCAACUGAGAACAUUACUGUUAGGUUAGCUGUGUUCAUUGUAAACUCCUGUAAACAUUGUAAACGUUGCUCCUGCUGAUGAAGAGGCACACCAACAUGGUCCUCCCCCUCUAGCUCAUUUGCCCUUGUAUUGGGAGGUACUAUUGUGGAACACACAGAAACCUGUGCUGGUGUUGGUACCGAUCUGCAGCAAGCUGACUCGGGCUGUGACAGAGCUGUGAGUAAACGGAGAGCAGCUCAAAAGGCAUGCCCGUUUUCAGCCAGACAAGCACCUUGAGCCAGCUGGUGCUCUGUAACAACACUAAGUGCUGCUGGAAAGGAUGGAAAUGGAAUGGGUAACUUAAGAGUAAAGAGGAGAAAAACAUCAGGGCAGCCUGGAAUAGAAGUGAACUGCUGCAGAAGCAGAGCUCUACUGCUGUCUUAUUCCUGUGGAUGCCAAGAGAUGGGACAAGUAGAAGCCAUUUCAGUAACAGGCCUUUUGCAUUUCUUUAUAUCAAUGACUCCUGGGCAGUAUCAGCAAACAAAGCUUAUUUACACUUCUGAGGCAGCUGUCUCUCUUUCAAGUGUGAUUUUUUUUUUUUUUUUCUCCAUUCUCCCCACUCUCAGAGCUGCUGCUUCUCAGCCUUAUGCAAGCCUCCCCUCUGCGGGGCUGCGGCGGGGCUCGUUGCCACACCGCCAGCUCUCCUGGUGCAGCAAUACUUCUGUCACCACAAGGCUGCCACCGCCUGCUCCGUCCUCAUCCUUGGAGACGUAUAAUUCUGUGCUCUCCCUCCAGCCCUCACAGCACGUUCUGAGAACGACUCCUAAAACCCUCUCUAACUUUCCCAGACGGCGUCCGUCUCACUCAGCCACGCGCUGCCCCCAACGCGCUUCGUAGUCAGGACCGCUUCAUGCCCCACCCCGCCCCCAUCUCACACCGGAGGACAGACCGCACCUCACACGGCGAGGCCGCCCUGCCCUACGACCGUUAAGCCUAACGGCCGCCCCCAGCACGUGCCGGGCGGCGCGGUGCGGAGCGGAGAGCGGAGAAGCGAAACACCCCCACCCGCCGCCUGGGGGGGAGGGGUGAGUCACGUGAUCACCAUGUCUGCACAUGACGGCGGUCACAUGACCAGGCAGUGGGCGGGCCGUGAUCACAUGACGCGCCGCUGGCGGCCGGCGCUCCUUGACGUCCCGGGGCAGCCGCUUCGGCCCGGCUCGGCUCGUGCCGCCGCGAUGGCCCGCGCCGCUGCCUUCGCCCCGCUGCUUCUCGUUCUCCUCUGCCUGCCGCUGGGGGACGGCAGUGCGGCCCCCGUAGCCCUGGACGAGCCCUUCUUCCAGAGUCUGUGCAGCUACACGUGGGAAGCAAUUGAUACAGACAAACGUGUGCUUUAUAAAAUUAACCUCUGUUUUGGUGUUGAAGAAUGUGGAAGAUCAAGUGCAGUCUGUGCCUAUGAUGUUGAUAAGAGAACGUAUAUGUCAGUAGGUAGCUUAACUUUGCGAGAAAUUUCUAAAACUCUUCUGGUAUUCAACACUACAAAUAAAUGUUCCCAGCAAGGCAGUCAGCACCAAAUUCAAAGCAACAUCAACUUCCUGUGUGGGAAAACACUGGGUACCCCUGAAUUUGUAACAGCAACAGAGUGCAUACACUAUUUCGAGUGGAGGACCUUUGUUGCUUGCAAGAAAAACUUGUUUAAACCCGUGAAAGAGGUGCCUUGUUAUGUAUUUGAUGAAGACUUGAAGAAACAUGAUUUGAGUCCUCUCAUCAGAGUUCCAGGAUACUACUUGGUGGACGAUUCUGAUGAUGAUUCCUUGUUUAUAAACAUCUGCAGAGACAUAGGAAGAUCAAGUGGAGAAACCAUAAACUGCCCUGCUGGCAGUGCAGCGUGCUUGAUACAUGAAGGUCAUGCAUAUGAUGUUGGUCGUCCACAGGAUCAGCUGAAAUAUCAUGACAAAGACAGGCUGAUACUGAGUUAUGAGAGAACAUACAAUGAUGAAAAGCUGAAUUUCUGCUUAGGCCAUAACCCAGCAGUAACAAUCACUUUUGUUUGCCCAUCUAAGAGAGGAGAAGAGAGUGCAGGUCCCAAACUCACAGCAAAAACAAAUUGCCGGUAUGAAGUUGAGUGGGUUACUGAGUAUGCCUGUCACAGGGAUUACCUGGAAAGUAAGAGCUGUCUUCUAACUAAUGAGCAACAUGACGUCUCCAUUGACUUGAAACCACUCACUCUAUCUCCAGAUUAUGUCACACCAUAUUUAGCCAAAGAUGAUAAAGAGGAGUAUUACUAUUACUUGAAUGUAUGCGGGAGAACUGGUGCAGGUAACUGCAAGGACAACACAAGAUAUGCUUCAGCUUGCCAAGUAAAAUCUUCGAAUAACCAGAAGAAGGUGACAGGAAGAUUUGAGAACCAGACUCUGAGAUAUUCUGAUGGGGAUCUCACUUUAAUUUAUCCAAAUGGGGAUGCGUGUAGCUCCGGCUUUCAGAGAAUGACUGUCAUAAACUUUGAGUGCAAUGAAACAGCAGGUAAUGAUGGUAGGGGAACUCCUGUGUUUACUGGUGAAGUGGACUGCACCUAUUUUUUCACUUGGAAUACAAAAUAUGCAUGUGUUAAAGAAAGAGAAGAUCUUCUUUGCAGAGUUGCUGAUAAGAAAAAGCACUAUGAUUUGUCACCUCUGGUCCGCAGUUCAGAAUCAGCCCAGAACUGGGAAGCUGUGGACAGUAAUCUUUCAGAGGAAGGGCGGAAGCGUUAUUAUAUCAAUGUCUGCCAUAAAGUGCUGAAGAGAGGAGGAGCUUCCGGCUGCCCAGAUGAUGCUGCUAUUUGCUCUGUAGAUGAAGAAAAAAACAGCAAGAAUCUUGGAACAUUUGUUUCUCCACCUAAGAAGGUUGGAGAAAAUAUUCAACUUACCUAUUCAAAUGGAGAUAGCUGUGGUGUUAACAAAAAAAUCAAAACUGUCAUCACUCUUAUAUGUAGACCAGGUGAUCUAGAAAGUGCUCCGAUCCUGAUGUCUGAGAGUGAAUGUUCAUUCUCUUUUGACUGGUAUACUGCUGCUGCAUGUGUCCUGUCUAAAACAGAAGGAGAUAACUGUCAAGUCUCUGAUCCUCAGGCAGGCUUCUCUUUUGAUUUAUCACCACUGACCAAGAAAAACGGGCACUACACAGUUAACACUACAGAAUAUUUGUUCUACAUAAACAUCUGUGGCAGUGUGCCUGAUAAUUUGUGUCACACACAAUCAGCAGCAUGCCAGGUAACACAAGGAAAGGAUCAGUUUUGGAGUCUUGGACUACCUAAUUCCAGACUUUCGUAUUAUGAUGGACUGAUUCAGUUGACCUACAAAAAUGGUACUGCUUAUAACAAUGAAAAGAAAACACAGCGAUCUACCCAUAUAACUUUCCUGUGUGAUCGUCAGGCUGGAGUAGGUCAGCCUGAAUAUCAGGUAGAAGACAACUAUACCUACAAUUUCAGAUGGUACACUGAAUAUGCCUGUCCUGAAAUGCCAUUGGAGUGCAUUGUGACAGAUCCCAACACUAUGGACCAAUAUGACUUGUCAAGCUUAGCAAGAUCAGAGAAGAGAGGUGAGAAUUGGUAUGCCAUGGAUAAUUCAGGACCAAAUGAGCGCAAGAAGUACUACAUAAAUGUCUGUCGACCUCUACUUGCUGUUCCAGGAUGUGACCGACGAGCAUCUGUGUGCCAGAUGGAAUAUCGGCAUGAUCAUGAUUCUUACUACGAAGUCACAUCUAUCAGUAAUCUUGGUGUUGCCAGCAAAGAACUAGUAGUUGAAAGACUUGGUCACAUUCUUCUAACCUAUGCAAAUGGCUCUGUAUGCAUCAAUGCUGAUGGAGAGAGAACUUCUUAUACCACCACCAUCCACUUUGUGUGUUCCAGGGGCACUCUCAAUAGCAGCCCCCGGUUUAUAUCUAUUCAAGAAUGUGUGGUUACAUUCUUAUGGGAAACUGAAGCUGCUUGUCCAGUCAAGGAAACAAAAGAUGAUUCUCAGUCCUGCUCUGUGCGAGAUCCGAACAGUGGAUUUUUGUUCAAUCUGCAGCCAUUAGCUGCAGAGAAGGGCUAUACAACCACUGGCAUUGGGAAGACCUACUUGCUAAACAUUUGUGGAUCUAUGCCAGAAUGUGGUGAAAUCAAUGGAAAACCAGCUGCUGGAUGUGAAGCAGACAAUCUGACAUCAGUAAGGAUGGUAGAAUUGGAUAAAACUCUUUAUCUGUCUAGCGAAGGGUUUCUAACUCUUACGUACAGAGGUCGUCUUCUUGUUGAAUCAGGAAAAUCAGACACAUUCACAGUGACUUUCAUCUGUAAUGAUUCGUAUCCUGGAGAGCUUAAGUUUGUGCGUGAAGAGAUCAACAGUAGGCUGAACAUUCAUGAUACUUUCUUUGAGUUUCACACAGCUCUGGCCUGUGCUCCUGCUCCUGUAGACUGCCAGGUUACAGAUGCUGCUGGUAAUGAGUAUGACUUAAGUGAUUUGAGCAAAGAGAGUGAACCAUGGGUUGCUAUAGAUACUUCAAAGAAUGCAAAGAAGCGAACUUUUUUCUUGAAUGUUUGCAAGCCUUUGCCUUUUGUGCCUGGAUGCCCUGGUGGUGCUAUAGGAUCCUGUGUGAAAUACCUUGAUAAAAGCAAGAACCUUGGAGUCAUUCAGAUAAAUCCACAGGCUGCUACUGAUGGGUCACUUAGCAUUACUUACUUGAACGGUGAUACGUGUAAAGAUAAGCAACGCUAUUCUACACGUAUAAUAUUCCAGUGCGAUCAAACAAUGGGAUCACCAGUUUUGGAGCAAGAAGAUGACUGUGAGUUUGUAUUUGUUUGGAGAACCUUGGCAGCCUGUCCUGUUCACAAAGCAGAAGGAGAGGAUUGCCAGGUGAAAGAUCCAAGAUAUGGUCAUGUUUAUAAUCUCAAGCCACUUUCCAAUAAAGACAUAAAAGUGAGUACAGACGAAUAUGACUACUACUUCAGAGUUUGUGGAGAAAUAACAGAACUCUGCAGACCAGGGGCUCAUUCUGUGUCGUCAUGUCAAGUAAAGAAGAAGGACAGCACUUUUAGAAAAGUAGCAGGCUUGCUUACAGAGAAACUGACUUUCAAAAAUGGUUUAAUAAUGAUUAAUUACACCAGUGGAGAACAAUGUCAUAAAAUAUAUGAACGAUCAACUGCCAUAUUAUUCUACUGUGACAAGACUACAUCAGAGCCUGUAUUUCUGAAAGAAACUCCAGAUUGUACCUACAUGUUUGAAUGGCACACGCAGUAUGCCUGCCCCCCUGUUAAAUCUACUGAGUGUUCCUACAAGGAUGAUGAAGGAAAUUUCUAUGACUUCUCGUCUCUGACACGGCAUAGAGAGAACUGGGAGGCAACUGAUAUUUCUACUUCUACAAAGAAAUACUAUAUUAAUGUCUGCAAGCCUUUAGUACCAUAUGGCGCUGCACGUUCCUGCCCUCCUGAUGCUGCUGCCUCCCUUGUGGAAGGUAUCAAAUGUAUAAGCCUUGGAGAAGUGGCUGAAGGACCCCGGUGGGAAAAUGGCAUUGCUACUCUGAAAUAUAUUAAUGGGGAGCUUUGUCCAGAUAAAAUUCGCAGGAAAACAACAAUAUUGCGCCUUAAGUGUGAUGAAAGCAAAAUUGAAUCAAAGCCAGAACUUAUAAUGGCCAUUGAAGACUGCGAUUACAGCUUCAUAUGGUUCACUGCUGCUGCAUGUCCUCUUAAAAGCAACAUGCAAAAUGACUGCCGGGUAACGAAUCCUGCAACAGGCCACCUCUUUGAUUUGACAUCACUGAAGCGAGAGUCUGGCUAUACAAUCAUUGAUGCACACAACAGAAAAAUUGAGUUGAAUGUUUGUGCUGAAGCUAAGAGCACGUGUGCUAAUGGAGCUGCCGUCUGCAUCACUGAUGGUCCAAAAACAUUGAAUGCUGGAAAACCAAGUAAAACUUUAACUUAUGAAGAUCAAGUACUGAAGCUUGUUUAUGAAGAUGGCGAUCCUUGUCCUACAGACCUCAAAAUGAAGCAUAAAAGCUAUUUUAGCUUUGUAUGCAAGUCUGAUUCUGGGGAUGAUAGCCAUCCUGUUUUUCUGUCUUUUGAUGAGCAGACAUGCACUAGUUACUUCUCCUGGCAUACUUUCUUGGCUUGUGAGGAAGAGGUGAGCUGCUCAGUUUUGAAUGGUAGUUCUGUUAUUGACCUGUCUCCUCUGAUCCAUCGCACUGGUUAUUAUGAGGCAUUUGUGGAUGGAGAUGCAUCAGAUGUUUCUCCAGACUUCUAUAUCAACAUUUGUGAGCCUCUCAAUCCUAUCAAAGAUGUUAAUUGCCCACCUGGAGCAGCUGUUUGUAUGGUUCCUGUUAAUGAAUUGCCAAUAGAUAUUGGUCGUGUUACUCAACCUCCCAUGUUAAAUGAGGCAGUAAAUGAAGUUCACAUCGCUUACAACAGCACUACUCCCUGUCAGAUAAACAACAAAUUGAACUAUACUUCCCUUAUUGUAUUUCACUGUAGCCAAGGAACUAGUCUGGGUAAGCCGAAGAUGAUAAGAAAACUUGACUGCAGUUUUGUGUUUGAGUGGGAAACACCAGUUGUGUGUCCUGAUCGAGUGAAAACUUCAGGCUGUUCUGUGACUGAUGAACAGUUACACUAUACUUUUAACUUGACCAGCCUUUCUGGAAGAUCAUUUGAGGUACUUUCUGGAUCCAGCAGAUACCAUGUUAGUGUAUGCAGUAAGGCAGAUGUGUCCCAGGGAAAAUGCAAAGAUGGGGCAGUGUGCAUGACAUCUGGAAGUGGUGUGUCCUCGUUUGGAAGCAUAAAGGAAAUGAAAAUGGAUUAUAGCCACCAAGAUGAAACAGUCAUCUUGCAGUAUACAGGAGGUGAUCGGUGCCCUCCAGUGACAGAAAAGGGAGAGCUUUGUGUGUUUCCCUUCAAGUACAAAGGGAAGAGCUAUGAUAAAUGUAUUACAGAAGAAAAGAGCAGACCAUGGUGUGCUACAACUGUGGACUACCAGGGAGAUGGAAAGUGGGGAUUUUGUGUGAAUGCAACUGCAAGAAAGGCAUCUACUAUUAUUUUUGUAUGUGAUGAAAAUGCUGGCAGCGGGAGUCCACACCUUCUGAGUGACAUGCUUGGCUGUGCUGUGACAUUUGAAUGGAGGACACAGGCUGUUUGUCCUCCAAAGAAGAUGGAGUGCAAGUUUGUCCAGAAACACAGAACUUAUGACUUGAGAAUGCUCUCUUCCUUGACAGGCUCAUGGGUCUUUUAUCACAAUGGAAAUUCGUACUACUUGAAUCUCUGUCAGAGGGUAUAUGAAGGCCCCACAGGCUGCCCUGAAAGAGCCAGUAUUUGUAGGAAAAGCAACAGUGGAGAUGUUGAAGUUCUUGGGCUUGUUCAUACACAGAAGCUGAAUGUGACAGGUGAUACAAUGUAUAUUAGUUAUUCUGGUGGACAGGAAUGUAGGAAAAACAAGAAAAUAAUGACAAUAAUAGAAUUGAGGUGUGCAAAAACAGUUGGCAUGCCCAUGCUGCAGAGGAUUGAUGAGGAAAACUGUGCUUACUACAUCAUUUGGGACACACGUGCAGCUUGUGCUUUAAAGCCACAGGAGGUGGAGGUAGUGGAUGGAACAGUUAUCAAUCCUGCAACUGGGAAAAACUUCUCAUUAGGGAAUGUUUAUAACAAGUUGUACAUGGCUUCUGGUGACAUAAGAACAAAUGGAGAUCAAUAUGUGUAUGAAAUACAACUUUCUGGUAUCACAAACUCGAGUUUCCCAGAGUGUUCUGAAGCAAACAUCUGCCAGGUUAAAACUAGUGAACGCCGUUUUCGGAAAAUUGGAUGGGCCAAAAAAGCUAAAUAUUAUGUUGAAGAUGAUGACUUGGAUGUCAUAUUUUCAUCAGACUCCAGAUGUGGUAAAGAUAAAUCAAAGUUUGUCUCUUCAUCAAUUUUAUUCCACUGCAAUCCUCAUGUAAAGGAAGGCAUCCCUGAAUUUCUUCAUGAGACAGCAGACUGUCAGUAUUUAUUUACAUGGUAUACGUCUGCUGUGUGUCCACUAAUAUCAACCAUUGCUCCAGGAAUCCAUGAGGGCCAAUCUGAUCAGGAAGCCCAAGUAUAUAAAGGCCUUUCAAGGAGAAGUCAGGCAGUUGGUGCUGUGCUGAGUGUCCUCCUGGUUGUUCUCACUGCAUGCCUAAUAAUCUUGCUGUUCUACAAAAAAGAGAGGAGGGAAACUGUGGUAAACAAGAUAACAAACUGCUGCAGAAGGACAUCAGGUGUUUCCUACAAAUACACAAAGAUAAACAGUGAAGAAGAAGCUAAUGAGAAUGAAACGGAGUGGCUUAUGGAAGAAAUUGCAGCACCGAAUCAAAGAACAGUAAAAGGAGUGCAGGAGAAUGGUCAUGUUACUACCAAGUCUGUUACAUCUGAUGCUUUUACAUCUCUCCAUGUGGAUGACCUGGACAGUGAGGAUGAAGUGUUAACCAUCCCAGAUGUAAAGAUUCAGACAGGAAGAGGACUAGACAAAAGCAAGCACCCACAAAAGAAGCCACCAAACUUUGCCAGUGAUGACAAAGUUUACUUGCUGAAUGGGGGAAAGGAAAGGAAAGCAAAAGCCAAGCCUGGCCAACAGCAGGCACAGAACUCUACAAAUUCAGUAUCAUUUCAUGAUGAUAGUGAUGAGGACUUGUUGAAUGUUUAAUAACCCCUCUUGUGCCUAAUCAAAUAUAUAUGGAGAGAUUAUAUAUAAAUGGGACAAACACUUUCAACCAAAUACGAGGACUUCAGCCUGAGAGGUUUUUCUGAAUUUUGCCUUUAACAAGAAACCACUGAAAAGGGAAGGAGAGAAAGAUGUCUUGGUUGUUGUUUACAAUGAUCUGUUCAGUAAUGGCUGGAUUUGUAGCAUCUGGUAGGCUGAGUUAUGUUGACUCUCUCUAGCCAGGACAACUUUAAGUCUCAGUAUAGAUAUGAAAUACUUGCUUAAAAAAGAAACCUUUCAAAGGUCAAGAUUAAAGCUGAAUUAGGCCCCUGGCUCCUGAGAUUCAAAUUAUCUAGAUGACUACUAGCAUUUUAACUCCUUGUAUUUAUUGGUCCUCACUACUCAGGUUUGCUUAUAGCAACGUGUUCUUCCUGCCGGCAGGGUAUUAUUCUAUGGGUUCACCCUUCAAUGGGUUCAUCCAUUGUAAGAUGAGGAAAAAUAUAACUUUUCUGUGUUGGGAUGAUUUGAUGUAAAUUUUAGAACUGGUCUAAUUUAUCCUGUAAAUUUGAAUAUACAUUCUAAUUUAAACAGA